UUUCAAGUCGCAACCCCUGCGGCGUAGGCCCAUACUUAAUUGGCUCUGCGCCUGGGUUCGGUCAGCUGCCGAGGGGACGCCGUUUGACCCGAGGAACAUCGGGCCACUGCGAGUGAAGGAUUCAUGAUUAGUGACCGUGCAACUCACUAUUUUAAAACAGAUCCACACCGAUAGGAAUGUAGUACUAAUUACACUAUAUUAUCGAUUCUGCGAUCCUGCAAUUCAGCUAUUCUGCUACCACACGGUGUGCACCAUGACAGCGCACCCCGUAACCCUAGCAGUGCCACCCGUUGGCAUUUGGGAGUUCUUCUUCGAGCGCCCUUCGCUUCCUUUCUCGCAAGAUCACGUCAUCUUUCGCUCGGCGACUAGUGACUCCCAAUGUACGUAUCGGCAAGUCCAAAACCGGGCGGGACAGUUUGGGAGGGCCCUGCAGUCACAGUGGGGCUGGUGCAAGGGCGACAUUCUCAUGGUGAUGGCCCCAAAUGAUAUCAACACUCCGUCUGUGAUUUGGGGCUGCCAUUCCCGUGGUGGAAUAGUGGCCCCAGUGAACCCAGAAUUGUCGGCGCGUGAGCUUCGCCACCAAUUAGAGGGUAACUCCGUACGAGGUCUUAUUGUUCAUCCAAAGUGUGCUGCAGCUGCCGUUGAGGCUGCACAUCUUGCGAAAUUCCCUAUUGAUCGAAUCCUACUUCUACGGUUUGAUACGCCUAUCCAGAAACGUCAUGGUAUCUCGACCGUGGAACAGUUCGUCGCUGUCGCAGAACAAGCCUCGGACGUUGAGCUCCAGCGGGUAGAGAUUGAACCAGACAAAGACAUUGCAUUUUUGAUAUAUUCAUCAGGAACCACAGGCCGACCGAAGGCUGUGAUGGUCUCUCACCGUAAUGUUGUGGCUGCUGUCAUGUUACAAGCAUCCGUGGAUGGUCCACACGUAAACUGGGACCGCGAUCGCACCUUAGCAGUACUUCCCACGUACCACAUAUUCGGUCUUAUCUGUCUCAUGCAUCUUCCUAUUUACUUUGGCACGACGACGUUUUAUAUGGAUACAUUCGACCUUGCCACUUUCUGCAACCUGAUCCAGGAGCAUCGCAUCUCUCACGCUUAUGUAGCCCCACCAAUAGUGCUCCAUCUGACCAAAAAUAACCUCGUACGCGACUAUGACCUACGUUCAAUCCGCAUGAUCACUUCAGGUGGCGCACCUCUCGCUGCGAACCUCAUCACUGAGUUGCAUCAACAACGACAAUUGCCGGUCCGGCAGGCGUAUGGAUUAUCCGAAACGACAUCCAUUUCGCACGUCCAGCGCUGGGACAAAUGGAGGGAUGGUAUGGGCUCGAACGGCCCUCCAAUCCCGGGUGUUGAGGCCAGAUUCAUCACAUCUGAUGGCCGUACAGCUGCAGGCGGCCAAGAAGGAGAGCUUUGUGUGCGUGGACCUACUGUGUUUAAAGGCUACCGCGACGAACCUGAUCUGACGGCGGCUUGCAUGACACCAGAUGGAUGGUUCAAAACCGGUGAUCUGGGUUACGAAGAUGAACAAGGCAAUAUGUUUAUUACUGAUCGCCUGAAGGACUUGAUCAAAUUCAAAGGGUACCAGGUGGCACCCGCCGAGCUGGAAGACCUUCUUCUGGAACAUAAGGCCGUGACAGAUGCGGCUGUUAUUGGAGUUAUGAACCAUGAGCUCGCAAGCGAGGUACCGCUGGCUUAUAUUGUGGUCAAGGCUGGUCAACCGGAGAGUGAAGCUACGGCGCAAAUGAUCCUGGAUCACAUCAAAGACCGGACGGUUUCAUAUAAACACCUCCGUGGUGGGAUCGUGUUCACCAACGAGAUCCCCAAAAGCCCAUCGGGCAAGAUCCUGAAGCGGAAGCUUCUUGAUCAUGCAUUGUCUAAGGGCGUACGGCCAAUCGGGGCUGUACAAUAUUCCAAGUACAGCCGGACGGCCAAGAUAUAGAGAGAAACCUGUUCUCACGACGACAGAUCAUGUCAAUGGCUUAGAGGAAAUUGCAGUCCCUGCGUAUCGCGGAUGAUAAGGGGCGAGCGUAUGAAUUCGACCAAUUGACCAGCCGGCUAUACAUGAUGGAUAACAGGGAGAAAGGUUAGAAGGUCAAAUAUGGACCUUAACUUUCUUUGGGCAUUAAUUGUUGCUUACCAUUACAUCUAUUUAACGUUCCGUCUCACCGUUGGGCUGUUUGUGCAAAUCCAGUGAAAUACCACAGUACAUAGUAUGGAUUGUGA